AUGGAUUGCUACACUUUGGUGUUACUAGCAAGUUUAUUGGUGAUUACUGAAGCUUGGUCAUCACCUUAUCACGCAGUGAGACCCAUGCGAGUUACAAGAUAUGCCCAGAUACCACACAGAAUACCAAUUCCUUCACUUCCAAUGAGACACCUGAACUGGAAUCGACCGAAGCGUGGUCAACACCACGAAGUGGAUCACGAUUACGACCGCGAUCACGACUAUGACCGCGAUCAUGAUUACAACCGCGAUCACGACUAUGACAGUCACAAAGGCGUUACUGGUCCUGUACACACAUUUGUGAAAACUGAUAAAAAUGCUAAUUAUAAAUGGGGCGUGAGACAUCAUGUUGGGAACAAAUACGCAUCUUAA